UGGCUCAGAACAGAUCUUCAGAUCAUCAAUUUCAGCAUUGCAGCACGGAACACUCCUGUCCUGCACUACACUUACAACAAUCCUGGUGGCUUUAUUCUUGCAAAAAGCCAAUAUGGGUAUAUGCUUCCUUGUUAUCCUAUUCAGCAGCUGCUUAACAUACCUAGGUGUUGCCAAUAUGACUUCAGUACAACCGUCGACUGAGAGUCCCUCGUCCACCAGUUUAGUGAAAACUGUCAGUACACAGUCAAGUAGUGCGAAGCCCACAAGCUCAAUGAAGAGGCACGCCACAUCACCAACCGUGUCUCCGGUGGUGAUACAAAGCCACACCCCUCUGAAAGAGCCAGAAUUCACAACCACCACAACCAUCACGUUGCCCAGCGUGGGAGUGGCCACAACCUCACACAAAACUCUGCCCACUUCUGGGCCCACCGCCAUUCCACUCAAUGCCACAGAAUCACCUCCCAGUGUCACAACUACAAAUAAAACCUUGAUGACUGUGGAGACCAACGUCACAACUGCACUAGCUACUUCACAAGCCUUUAACACCGCAACUAAGAUGACAGGACAUGCCGGUGAUUCGGAUCCUCGACGAGAUGAAACACCAAUCAUCGCUGUAAUGGUGGCAUUGUCCUCCUUGCUAGUCAUAGUAUUUAUUAUUAUUGUCCUGUACAUGUUAAGGUUCAAAAAACACAAGCAGGCAGGGAGUCACUCCAACUCCUUUCACUUGUCCAACGGCCGGGCAGAUGACGUCGAACCCCAGAGCAUGCCGCUGCUGGCCAGAUCUCCCAGUACCAACAGGAAAUACCCACCGUUGCCUGUGGAUAAACUGGAGGAGGACAUUAACCGGCGAAUGGCAGAUGACAACAAGCUCUUCCGGGAGGAAUUCAGUGCACUUCCAGCAUGUCCCAUCCAGGCUACCUGUGAAGCUGCCUCUAAAGAAGAAAACAAGGAGAAGAACAGAUACGUCAACAUUUUGCCUUAUGAUCAUUCCAGAGUUCAUCUGACACCUAUUGAAGGGGUUCCAGACUCUGAUUAUAUCAAUGCCUCAUUCAUCAAUGGGUAUCAGGAGAAGAACAGGUUCAUUGCUGCACAAGGACCAAAAGAAGAAACUGUGAAUGACUUCUGGAGAAUGAUUUGGGAGCAAAACACAGCCACAAUUGUCAUGGUGACCAAUCUGAAGGAGAGGAAAGAGUGUAAAUGUGCCCAGUAUUGGCCAGAUCAGGGCUGUUGGACGUACGGAAAUAUCCGAGUGUCUGUAGAAGAUGUGACAGUCCUGGUUGACUACACGGUGCGGAAAUUCUGCAUUCAACAGGUGGGCGACGUCACCAAUAAGAAACCUCAGCGCCUCGUGACGCAAUUCCACUUCACCAGCUGGCCCGACUUUGGGGUCCCUUUCACUCCUAUUGGGAUGCUGAAGUUCCUGAAGAAAGUGAAGACAUGUAACCCCCAAUAUGCUGGCCCCAUUGUUGUCCACUGCAGUGCUGGUGUGGGACGAACAGGAACAUUCAUUGUGAUCGAUGCCAUGCUGGACAUGAUGCAUGCAGAGAAGAAGGUGGAUGUUUAUGGGUUUGUGAGCCGAAUCCGGGCCCAACGCUGCCAGAUGGUACAGACUGAUAUGCAGUAUGUAUUCAUCUAUCAAGCUCUUCUAGAGCAUUACUUAUAUGGAGACACAGAAUUGGAGGUGACCUCACUGGAGAUCCACCUUCAGAAGAUUUACAACAAAAUUCUGGGGAGCAGCAGCAACGGAUUAGAGGAAGAGUUUAAGAAACUUACCUCCAUCAAAAUUCAAAAUGACAAAAUGAGAACGGGCAAUUUGCCAGCCAACAUGAAGAAAAACAGGGUGCUGCAGAUAAUUCCAUAUGAGUUCAACCGGGUGAUCAUUCCAGUGAAGAGGGGUGAAGAAAACACAGAUUACGUAAAUGCUUCCUUUAUUGACGGUUACCGUCAAAAGGAUUCCUACAUUGCCAGCCAAGGGCCCCUCCAGCACACCAUUGAGGAUUUCUGGCGGAUGAUCUGGGAGUGGAAGUCAUGCUCCAUUGUGAUGUUGACCGAGCUGGAAGAGAGGGGCCAGGAGAAGUGCGCUCAGUACUGGCCUUCAGAUGGCUCUGUGUCUUAUGGAGAUAUCACUGUGGAGCUGAAGAAGGAAGAGGAGUGUGAGAGCUACACGGUGCGGGACCUGCUGGUGACCAAUAACAGGGAAAACAAAAGCCGGCAAAUCCGACAGUUCCACUUCCAUGGUUGGCCAGAGGUUGGAAUCCCCACGGAUGGGAAAGGCAUGAUCAAUAUCAUUGCAGCAGUACAGAAGCAGCAACAGCAGUCUGGGAAUCACCCCAUCACUGUGCAUUGCAGUGCUGGAGCUGGACGAACAGGGACUUUUUGCGCGUUGGGCACUGUCCUGGAAAGGGUCAAGGCUGAAGGAAUUCUGGAUGUCUUUCAGACAGUGAAGAGUUUGAGGUUACAGAGGCCACACAUGGUGCAAACACUGGAACAGUACGAAUUCUGCUACAAGGUGGUUCAGGAAUAUAUUGACGCCUUUUCAGAUUAUGCCAACUUCAAGUGAACCUGAACGUGACAGAAGAAAAGAGUUGCCUUCUUUAAUACUUUGUAAUAUUCUGUUUGUUAAUAUCCCUGUCCCCAAAUGUGUAUAUAUCUUAACUGUUCUAGAGGGUUGGUACCAUAAGAUUGCUAUUAGCUUGAGAUUUUAUAUGUAGCAAAAGUGUUAGAAAGAGAUUGUAGGCACUUUUUUUCCAAUGUUUUAUUGGGGAAUUAAAUAGUGUGAUAUUUGGAUUAAUAUUGUGAAAACUCUCUCCUGGAGAGUUGAUGCAGGCUGUUUUUGUUUUGUAAAUCUUUUUUUUUUUCCCUUGAGGGAGUAAAGCUUUUUAAAAACCAAAUGAGAUUCUUCCUAUCAGCUGUUUCUUUUCAGAGGAAAAAGGGUGGCACAGAAAUACCAUUUUUUUAAAAGCUUUUCCUUCUGUCCCCAUUCCCUUGGAAGGCAAUUUCAUUCUUUUCAAGGGCUUUUUGAAAGAAUAUUUAGCAGAGAUUUCUGUGGAAGAGGAAGAAGGUUGUCCCUUUUGCAUUUCUUCUCAAAGCUCUUGAGGAUAGGCGGUUCCCCUCCGCUUACGGGACCUUCCCUGCACCUUGAAUUCAAACUGGAUGCUCCCGACUGAUGUUCUAAACAGCUGUCUUUGGAAAAUGGGGGAUCCCACCUGGAAUGGAGAAGGUGCUCCAUUGGUUGAUCAUCUGCAAAGGUGCUUCUGAAUAUUUGGGGUAUGGCAGACCUGGACUUCGUAACAGUCUUUCUUUCUCCUGACUAGCAAGUUCUCCAGCCGCACCCCUGGAUGCUGACAUGCUUCAGUCUGACCUGUUUCCCCUUUGUAUCUUCUUGCAUUUUUCACUGGCAUCACUGCCUAUAAUGGAAUUGCCUAUAUUGCAGCUUCGGUUUGUGGGGCUCGUUUCACUUUUUGGCAACUUGGAAGUGGAACUGUGUGUGAUGCGUAAUGCACCCCUGCCAUCUCCACCCUUCCUGUGGUUUUAGGCAGAUGUGCCGGUGGUUGACCGCCAUCUUCUCAGCCAUUCCCUGCCUUUGCAACGCGGGCUGAUAAAGCAGAGCAGAAACACACCCAAAAUUAUGACUCCCUAAACAUCAUGGAAAGAGUUGGGUUUUACCCCCCCCCCCAAUAUUUGGGCUCACAUCCUCCCUCUCGCUACUUUGCACAAGUGAGUCAUGCUGUAAACCUGGAUUUUUUUCGCUAAGGUAAAAUGAAAAAUGUACAGGGUCCUGUUGGAUCAGAACGUGUUCCCAUUUUUGGAAAAAUGAAGAAGGGACAUGGAAGGAGAACCCAGGGGUCUCUUUGUGAAACAGACUUUCCUUUCCAACCCCUGUCAUCUUAAUACUCCCAAUUUGUUUCUUUAGGAGAACAGCUUUCUGUGUUUACAAGGGUACACUCGUUUUUUUUAAAAGUUCACCGAAAAUAACAAAAAAAAGCUUCAUUUAAAAAUUGCAUACAUACAAAUACAUACAUAAAACAGCUAACCAAAUACUGUAGCGUAACACUGAAAUUUGCCAAGAGAGGUGAGAUGAAGGGAAGCCCUCAAAAUGUAUCUUAUCACCAAAAAUCCCCACACACACACAAAAAAAAUCCAAAAAUGUGAUCAGAUGGUUUGAAAAUGCCCUUCGGCACUCCUUUAUCCGAAAUAAAUACCCUCCUUUGAACACUGGCAGAGCCACAUAUGUCAGCCCCCACUUUCCAGGUCAAGUGUGGAAUUUCCUCCUCUUCUCCAUGGAUGAGAAAUGCUUUCUCUCUUUUAGGGGAUAGAGAUGUGCUAAGAAAGUCCUUGCCUCGGGGUCUCUGGGUAUAAAGAGAGGGAGGUGAUCCCUUGUCUUUCUCAUUGGCCUACAUUAGGGUUGCUUCUACUGUGGACCUAAAUGGCUGGCAAGGAUCUUCUGAGGCUGAAGAAAUAUGCAGUCAGCCUUGGGUCUACUCAUGAACUAUGCACAGAGGAUGAGUUAUGUCUGUCAUCUACUGAGAGAUGUGACUGGACCAGAGAGCAAAACGCCAGGAUCACAGCACUGCAUGAUAACAAAGUAGGAAGCAUUGGCCUCAGCCUUACGUGGAGACCUAGGUAUCUUCAUUUGUGGACUAUAAUGUGAUUUGUUCCUUCAUGUGAGUGGUGGUGCAGGAAGUACAUUCCCUAGUACAUGUUGGUUGUGAUUCUUCCCACUCACCCCAACCUAGAGUUAGAUGCUUUUCCUUUUCCUUCUUUUUCCUUUUCCCCUCUGUUAGAAGCAUACAUCAAUUACAGCUCCUACUAGGAUUUGUCCAAGAGCAGCAGUGAAGUGCCUGCCAAAAGAGCCUGUUUCUCCCCAUUCAUUCAUUCAUUCAUUCAUUCAUUCAUUCUUCCUUCAUUUUCUUUUUCAUGCAUUCCAUUCCUUGUCUUCAUGUACAAGCAUCCAUUCAGAAUUGAGCAGUCCCUGUUUCUGCAUUCCUCCAUCUGCCGUUUCAUCCUUCACUUUCAAGCACAGCACGUAGAUGAUGAAAAGAGGGUUGGGUUUGUACCAGCUUCCCCAUAUUUCCUCUGGUUCUCUCCCUUCAUUGCACCCCCCUUCAAAACAAAAAUGCAUCCAAAGGCUUUUUUUAUUGUCUGAAUUUUGCUCUCCCCUGGCAACAGCUGCAUCUCAAUACUUUUUAAGAGGCCUCCGUGCACGGCAUGCCGUUUGCAUUCGGCAAGGUGGACAGUCAAAAUAGGCGUGCCACAUCUGUGCUGCAACAAGAGGCCAGCAGAGGCGCCAAGAAUGAGUUGGCUUGAAUCUCUGGACAGCCCUCGGGUGGCGAUUUGUAUUUCUCCAGUCCAGCUAGCUUAUGCCUGGGGAAAAUGCCAGCAGCCUUGAUCAGCAUCAAGAUGGAAGAUUUUUGCUUCUGCUUCCCCCUUUCCCCAUCCCCAGUCUUUUUAUGGCAGGAAAUAUGAGGGUCAGAUCAGCCAAGGGAAGGAUGGUGAGAGACAGCUAGCGCUCAGACUCCCCGCCCCCCACCCCCCGCAAGGGCUAUACAUGGCUACGAGUCACCCCUAUGGGAUACAGAUCUUUCUUCCAUGUGGUUCUUCCAGCAGAGCAUUCAUGAUGCAGGCAGGGUGCCUUUCAAGCAGAGAAGCAUCAGUCCUUAGGUGCUACGAUGGCUGAUGGGGAAACCCUUCUACUCAUCAGCCUUCCUUGGCCUUGUGCCUUCCAGUUGUGGUGCAUCUCAACUGUCAGAUUUGCUAGCCGGCGUGAAGUCCAAUGCAUUGGGAAGACUCCAGCUGGGGAAGGUUGCUUUGCAUCUGAGAUACGGAAGAAUCCCUGCAUGAGAUGAUGUCUGGGACAUCCUAGAGUCUCUCCUUGCUAUUUGCUAGCAAAAGCACCUUGUAUGAACCAUCUGGGAAGUUAAUGCCAGCCCAGAGAACCAGGGCUGAUCUUAAUGGACCACAGAACUGGCUUAGUAUAAAACCAAUUCUCAUGGUCCAUCAUACUCCAAGAAAGGUAUGGGACAUGGAUGAAGAAAUCUUGGUUCAGGGAGUCCCCCCUCUGUGCUGGUACAUCUCAACUUGCAGAGCCUUACACUCUUGCUGAAACCCAGAGCAAAUUGUUGUUGGAAUCCUUGAUACCCUAUAUAAGCAUCUCUCCAUAAUAAAGCUACAUUUAUAAACAGAUUGUGGUGUCAGUAUGCUCAUAAAUAGCAACUGUUGUCUCUCUCACUUUUGUACUCUGAUUUGGCUUGCAGUUAGAGGGGGCAUCAUAGCUGCCUUAACCAGAGGGGUCAAGCUUUGUGCCAAAACUGAGUCUCUUGUCCCCUGCAGAUCCGCCCCACGAAUACGCCAAGGCAGACCAAGCAAACUACGUCUCCCUUCUGUUUAUCUCUGUAAUUGUAAUUCCGUUCUGCCUCAUUCCAAAUGUCUUAAUAACUUGUAUUUAUUUUUGUUGACCAAGU